ACCACGGGCUAGGAAGCCUGCUGCCGUCGCUCGUCAACAUGACUAGACAUCUGCUCCCCAACCUGAUGCUUCGGACCUCUACCGGUGCCUCCGCGUUUCACUCGUCCACCGUAGGGGGCUGCCUCUGUACGCUGCUAGCCCUGCCGUCCAGGCGAGUGCAACAUAACUAGCUCCUUCUGCCGGCUCGUGCGCUGCUUGCCCAACUUUUGCCUGCUUUCUUCCCCGUCAUGAUGCAUUCCUACACGCCAGCUCGCCCGUACUGCUGCAGGACGGCCUAGGUAGCAAUUCGGACUAUGUUUCAGACGCUGGAUGGCGGCUCUUUCCGCGCCAUACCUCCGAAAGUGGACCCACCCCCAUCACCUCCAAUGCUUACCCAAGACGUCUCUUUUCGGCCUUUCUCUCUCGACAAGUUUGUGAUUGCUGCCUCUACGGCCCUUUUCACCUCGCUUCAACCACUUCAGCCACUUCAGCCCGAGGUAACACGCUGCGACCCCCACUCGCUUGGUUCAACGGCCGUUCCCCAUGGCCACUUGGAUAAAUAGCGAGGAGCCCCUAAGGGACCCACAGCAACAUAGUCCACGAGCGUCCAAAACCACAACGAACUAGCGCCGUUCCAACAUCCUCAAAGGGGCGGACCGUCCUCUGCGCGGGUGUUCGGCUGCCUGCGUGUCUGGAACUUUCCUGUUCCACCCUGAACCCACUCGAUGAAAAUCAAAAUGUGCCCUCUGCACGUCUGAACACGGGGAAUACGGCUAACGCAAUCGAUCGUGGUCCAUCGCACGCCGGCAUGACCGUCACACAGCAUGCCGAAUGGGAAUCUGACCCGUCUCCCUGGUUUGACAGGCAAGCUGAAUGGCGUUUCUGUUGCUUUUUGUGUUUCUGUCCCGUAACCGAGGCUUAAGCCGCGUCUUGCCAUUGCGUUGUCAGCAUUUUUUGUUUGUUUUUGAGGGGACGUUGAUCCAACAUCGUAUCCUGAAUCAGCCAAGAGCCACGUUCCCGUUUCCAGGUCGCAUGUUCAGCUUGGCGGGCUGUGGGGACCAUGGACUUGUUCUCUCCACAAGUUACAUCUUAAGUAAUCAGCAUUCCGCGAUCGCCCUGACAAAACUGUGUAACGGUACUUCAACAUGUAGGUCUGAAGAGUCGCUAUCGCCCGCGGGCUCUUGCUGAAUUUACGUUCAAAUGUCACGAGGAACGUCUGUUGCCCAGGUGGCAGCUCUGAUAGCGAAAACACCUGAUUCAUGUCUCUUGUCGAAGAUCAAUCUCCUUACAUUCUCUUGCAGCCAGGUCUCUUUGCUUUCAUCUCAUCAUGCACCUGUUCUGUCUUUCCUAUCUCCUUCCCGUUUAGGAAAAAUGGAAAAACCUAGAAGUCUACAUCAUCUCAGGAUAUUAUAAACUUACACUCUUAGACAAAUGUAGAUUGCG